CCUCCUCCUCCUCCUCCUCUUCCUCCUCCUCCCCCCCCUCCCGGCGCUGCCCGCCUCGGCGGAGGGGCUGUGCCGCCCCCCGCGGGGGCGCGCCUGGCUGCGCGGGGGGGGCGCGCGGCUGCGCGCUCUCCCCCCCUUUCCCCCCGCCUUUGCUCGCAGCAGAAGCUUCCAGCUCGCUGCCGCCGCGCCAGGCGCCCGCAGCCGCCGCGCUGGCCCCGCUGCUCGGGGCUCCGCGGGCCGCGGCGCUUGCAGCGCUGCGCGGGGCCGGGGCCGGGGCCGCCGCCGCCAUGGGAGGCGCCGCGCCGCGCUGAGCCGAGCCGAGCCGUCGCCUCGCGGGAGGCUCCGGCCCCUCGUCGCGGCCAUGGAGCUGGGCAAGAUGACUGUCAGCAUCAAUAAGGCUAUUAAUACACAGGAAGUGGCUGUCAAGGAGAAACACGCCAGAACAUGCAUCCUGGGCACGCACCACGAGAAGGGGGCGCAGACCUUCUGGUCAGUCGUGAACCGGCUUCCGCUCUCCGGCAACGCUGUGCUCUGCUGGAAGUUCUGCCAUGUCUUCCACAAACUCCUCCGAGAUGGCCAUUCAAACGUCCUAAAAGACUCUGUGAGGUACAAGAACGAGCUGAGUGACAUGAGCAGGAUGUGGGGCCACCUGAGCGAGGGCUAUGGACAGCUGUGCAGCAUCUACCUCAAACUGCUGAGAACAAAGAUGGAGUUCCACACAAAAAAUCCCAGGUUCCCUGGCAACCUCCAGAUGUCCGACCGACAGCUUGAUGAGGCCGGAGAGAACGACGUCAAUAACUUUUUCCAACUGACAGUGGAGAUGUUUGACUAUCUGGAGUGUGAGCUGAACCUCUUCCAGACGGUGUUCAACUCCCUGGACAUGUCACGCUCCGUGUCGGUCACUGCUGCGGGCCAGUGCCGCCUGGCCCCGCUGAUCCAGGUGAUACUGGACUGCAGCCACCUCUAUGACUACACCGUCAAGCUCCUCUUCAAACUCCACUCCUGUCUCCCGGCGGACACGCUGCAGGGCCACAGGGACCGCUUCCUGGAACAGUUCAGAAAGCUGAAGGACCUGUUCUAUCGCUCCAGUAACCUGCAGUACUUCAAGCGGCUGAUUCAGAUCCCGCAGCUUCCAGAGAACCCUCCCAAUUUCCUGCGAGCCUCGGCGCUGUCGGAGCACAUCAGCCCCGUGGUGGUCAUCCCUGCUGAGGCGUCUUCCCCAGACAGCGAGCCCAUCACUGAUCUGGUGGAGAUGGACACGGCGUCGCAGAGUCUGUUUGACAAUAAGUUUGAUGACAUCUUUGGCAGUUCUUUCAGCAACGAUCCUUUCAACUUCAACAGUCAGAACGGGAUGAACAAGGAUGACAAGGACCGGUUAAUUGAACAGCUUUACAGGGAGAUCAGCGCCCUCAAGGAGGAACUGGAAAACUUCAAGGCCGAGAGCGAGCGGCGGGCCCUGCAGCUGCGCGGGCGCAUCAGCGAGCUGGAGGCCGAGCUGGCCGAGCAGCGGCACCUCAAGCAGCAGGCGCUGGACGAGAGCGAGUUCCUGCGCGCGGAGCUGGAGGAGCUGAAGAAGCGGCGGGAGGACACCGAGAAAGCACAGAGGAGCCUGACGGAGAUCGAAAGGAAGGCGCAGGCGAACGAGCAGCGAUACACCAAGCUGAAGGAGAAGUACAGCGAGCUGGUGCAGAACCACGCCGACCUGCUGCGGAAGAACGCCGAGGUCACCAAGCAGGUGACAGUGGCGAGACAGGCCCAAGGCGAUGUGGAGCGGGAGAAGAAGGAGCUGGAGGACUCCUUCCAGCGGGUGAGCGAGCAGGCCCAGAGGAAGUCUCAGGAGCAAACAGAAGUCUUGGAAACAUUAAAACGGGAGCUGGCAGCCAGCAAGCAGGAGCUGCAGGCCCUUCAGGGCACGCUGGAGUCCAGCACGCAGCUGGGAGCGGAGCAGAGCACCAGGAUAGCGGGCCUGGAGCAGGAGAGGGACAGCCUGAGCCAAGCGGCGGAGCAGCACGGUGAGGAGAUGGCAGCCCUGCGGGCUGAGCUUCAGCAGCUGCGGGACGCACUCAGCAGCGAGAAGGAGAGCAGCAAAAAGGUGCUGGAGACGCUGCAGACCCAGCUGAAAGACAAGGAGAACACGGAGCAGGCCCUCCGGCAGCGCCUCAGCAAGGAGCAGUUUGCCCUGCUGCAGAGCACCGCGCGGGAGGCAGAGCAGAUGGUGCAGGACUCCCUCAGCCGCCUUGAAGACCCUGCUCACAUCAGCUGCACGAGCUCGGCAGAUUACCUCCUGUCCAGGACGCUGGCAGCCUCUGAUUGCAUAGAGAGGCUGCAGGACGCACACAGCAAAUACCUUUCCGAUCGCGCAGACCUGAGCAGCCUGCUGCCCUGCGUGGCCCUCUUCGCCCACCUCGUCAGCGACACCAUCUUGCAAGGCAGCGCUACCUCCCACAUGGCCCCCAUGGAGCCCGCUGACCGUCUGCUGGAGGCCUGCAAGCAGUGCGGGAGCGAGGCCAUCAGCUACCUCAGCGCCCUGAAAGACCCGGCCACCUUGGAGGGCGCUGACUGCACGCCAGCGAGGAACUGCCUCAGCCGCAUCGGCGCCAUCGGGGAGGCGCUGCGACCCAAAGGGCUGGAUGUCAAGCAGGAGGAGCUGGGCGAUCUGGUGGACAAGGAGAUGGCGGCGACUUCGGCAGCCGUAGAAACCGCGGCCGCCAGGAUCGAGGAGAUGCUGAGCAAAGCCCGGGCUGGUGACACUGGUGUCAAACUGGAAGUGAACGAGAGGAUCCUGGGGUCCUGCACAGGUCUCAUGCAGGCCAUCCAAGUGCUGGUUCUGUCAUCCAAGGACCUCCAGAGAGAGAUCGUGGAGAGCGGACGGGGCGCAGCAUCCCCCAAGGAGUUUUACGCCAAGAAUUCCCGCUGGACAGAGGGUCUCAUCUCCGCGUCCAAGGCUGUGGGUUGGGGAGCAACUGUCAUGGUCGAUGCUGCUGACCUGGUGGUGCAAGGGAAAGGGAAAUUCGAGGAGCUCAUGGUGUGUUCCCACGAGAUCGCAGCCAGCACCGCGCAACUGGUGGCAGCCUCCAAGGUGAAAGCAGACAAAGACAGCGCCAACCUGUCCAAGCUCCAGCAAGCCUCUCGGGGUGUCAACCAGGCCACAGCCGGCGUGGUGGCCUCCACCAAGUCAGGGAAGUCACAAAUUGAGGAGAAAGACAGUAUGGACUUCUCCAGCAUGACACUAACCCAGAUCAAGCGUCAAGAAAUGGACUCUCAGGUGCGUGUGCUGGAGCUGGAAAACCAGCUGCAGAAAGAGCGGCAGAAGCUGGGGGAGCUCCGCAAGAAGCAUUACGAGCUGGCAGGAGUGGCAGAGGGCUGGGAGGAGGAUGCUGCAGACUAGCUCCCUGUGCCAGAAGCAGCCAUCCGCAGACGCCCCUUUGGUUGACUGGGACCCAGCUUGGAGCAGCCCUUUCAGAAGACUCACAGUAAACUGGUGCAAAAUCCGCCCCGAAGCACAUGUCCCCUGCGUUCCCCAAGAGCCGCCUCCAGCGCCGGAAGGAGCGAGAGCCCCGUCGCUGCUGGGAGCGGCCCCGGGGCCAGGAGCAAGGGCUCCCCAGCCACCCUGCCUCACGCCAGCUGCAAACUGCACGUGUAUUUAUUAGAGCUGCUUGGGGGUCUCGGGGGUGGUCUCUAACCCUUUAGUUUCGUUUUUGCACAGAUUCUCUGAACUGUUUGGCCCAGGUCCAGCUGACUGAGAGCAUUAGGGUUUCCUCCGCCUCUUGCUGCUUCUCCAGCCUUAACGCGUUAACUGGCUCAGCGCAAAUACCCCACCAGGAGCCUGCCGUGGUGCAAAGGGCCGUGGGCCCAGCGGCAUGGGGAUGCAGCAAGGUCAGGAAUCGGCUCUCCUGGUGCUGCUGGGCCACCUCUGGGCUUGGUGCUAGGCGUGCUCCCCCGGCCCUACGCAGCCUCCCCUCCCGCUCGCUCGGCUGCUGGGAGCAGCAGAGUCGGGGCGGCGCGUGAGCCUGCCGGCGGGGGCACUACGCGUGCCUUUGGCUGCCCUAAGAGCCAGAAUCCUGUGCGGCUGCGGGGUCAGGAGCUCGUUCACACGUGGCAGAUGAUCUCCAGCAGCCUGGGAUGCUCAGCCCCAACCAGUAGGAACUAUUGCCUCCUAUGAGCCCGUUGUCUGCAGAGCUUGCAGGCCCCGUGGGUGGCCAGGACAAGUCCAUAUUAGCUGGCCCAGCCCAAGGCUCCAAGUGCCAGGAGGCAGUGGCCAUGCUGGGACCAGGCAGCAAAGAGGAGGGACUUGGGUCGGCAGCAGGAGAAAGGUGGUGAUGAGCUCCUGGCCCCUUGUCCCAAAAGUGCCCUCUCAGGAGCAAUGCUUGGAGUGGAAGAGCUGGGCCGGCUGGCCCAGAGCGUGGGGCCUGGGGGUCCUCGAGCAGCGUUGCCCUGUGCUGUCUUGCCCUAACAGAUCACUGUGUCAAUGCCAGCAAUAAACCACUCUACAAGGUGCUUGGCUCGCGCUUGGGCAACAUCUGCUCCCAAGCUACCUACUGCUGGAGCCACUGCGCAAGCCUUAGCUGCAGGCCAGCAGCUCCCAGAGGCAUGGAGUGGCUAUGGGGCAGCAGCGCAGAGGGGUCGGGGUCCCCCCAUGUCCUCACCACAGCCUUGGGUGCGUGGAGGCACAGCGGUGCUCACGUCCCCAGCACCCCAGGCACUGCGCCCCGUUCCCGGGACGCGUGCCGGAUGUACAGCCCGGGCUGGGGAACCUUCGUGCCUUGGAGCAGGGGACACUGAGGGCUGGGAGGUAUCUGCCAGCUCCCAGCCCUCCGGGCCCCCGGCUCAUCUUGCUGCAGGGUUGCCUUCGCCCUGCAGAGCCCCCGCUGUGGGGACAGCAGUGUCAGACCGGUGCGCAACAAUAUGCAGCAACGUUAUUGUCCCAGGCAGCCAGUCCUGCCUGCCCGCCCCCAUCCUGCCGGCGCUGAGGCUCUCUGGCUGGGACGUGCCUGCAGCCGAGCUGGAGAGCGCGUCCAGGUCCCUUCGCGCGGCCGAGGCUCUCCGUUCCCAGCUCGGUGCGCUGCCUGCACGCUCCCUGAGCCGGCUUUGGAAAGCUCCUGCUUCUGGGGGGUCGAGACAGCAGGACCAGAUCCUGAGUGGGUGCUUGGCAUGCAAGAUUUGGUCCUUCCCCCUUUAGGAAGUGGUGGCAGGAGUUGGCACGGCUUGUCCAAGGACUGAACGGGCUUCCUGGAGGGGAUAGCAUGGUCUCGGCACCCUUGGAAGGGCCAGGCUCAGGGUAGACACUGCCAUCAGAAGUGCUGUCCUUUCCAGUGGCAUCUGUCAGCUGGGCCAGCCCUCUUUGCUGGCUGGCACUUGUACCGGUGGGGUCUGCCUGCCUCCCGCUGCCCAGCCAUCCCAGCGUGUCCCCUCCAGGCCAGCACGCUCACCACCCCCAGGAAAAUGGCACCGCGGUGCCCUGGGGCUGCCGUGACCGUCUGACAAGCCACCUGUAAGGACCCGGUGCCCCCCGUGUCCUACGGCCAGCCCUGGAUCCCUCUGCAGCAGCUGCUGCCCAGCUGCCUGCCCCAUGCCUCCACCCUGCCUGCGGGCCCUUCGCCACCUCUCGAAGCAACGCAGGGUGUCCUACCCUGGGCUUUCGCUGUCCCCAAGUCCCAGCGUAGCCGUACCACAUAUGCCACUUACCCGAGCCCUGCCCUGCGCGGGCUCCGCAUCCCAGCCCGCUGGCCCCCCGGAGCCCACGCAGGACCAGAGCGAAGGCAGCUCCGGCCUCCCGGCAUCUCCAAAAGCAAUAUGAACGAUCCCAUUGCUGCAGGACACGAGGAGACUUGGGUGGUCCCGAAAACCCUGCCUGCCUGUUUCUGGGGUCUCACCUGUGCAGGUAACCCCCAACUACCUCAGGUUUCCAGGCUGUGUCCAAGCUGGGCUGGGCCCCCCGGGAUGGCUGGAGGAGGGAUGAAGGGAUUCAGCCGAAUCGCGGUGAAAACGCGAUACCGCUCUCAAAUUGAAAUGACUUUUCCUCGACUUUCUUUUUGUAACUUUCCCAAGCGUUGGGGUGAAGGAACCCCGACGCGAGCAGUUCCCGCAGCACCAGACAGCUCGUAGCCGGCGUCUGGCUCGCGGAGGGUGAUGGGCACAGCUGGUUUCCAAUGCAGGUUUUUUUCAUUGUACAAUAUGUUGUGUGUUUUCAAUUUUUAAAUAAAGACUUCAGCCCA